AAUCAGGUGAAUCUAAGUCUACUUUAAACCUCUUGGUGUAAAACUGCAGAGCCGGAUUCGGAGUGUCUUUCUCUAACAGUCUUCCCUAGCAGAGAAAAAUCUAAGUUAUUCCUUGCUGUGUCACGUUGUUGCUGACUUGUUUCCCCUAUCGCUUACAUAAACCAGCAGGAUAAACAGGCGCAGGAAAUGGCUGGUAAUUCUUCUACAUCAUUGGAGGACAAUGUUAAGUGCCUGCUGCUGUGAAAAAUACACCGUUCAUCUUUUUAAAGAAGAUUCGACUCCUCCUCCUGCUUUUUUUUUGUUACGGUUAAGCGUAAAGGAUAAGUUUGUUUUUUUUUCUUCUUAACUCUGGGUGGGAGGUUUGGAAUUACUUCAGAAAAUUCCUUUUUUACUUUGAAUCCCCCUUUCUCUCCUGUGCGAUUGUGCUGGCGUUUCGGUAUCAAAAGGACUGGACUGUCAGGAAUUGCCAUGAUCCAUGCCUCUAUCCCAGCUUUGAAUAGGCAAAUCUAAACCGGCUUGUUGAGGAAGAUGAAGCAAAGGACCUGCCUGAAUUUCUAAUUUCAUUAGAGGGAAGAUCGAGGCAGGGAAAAGAUCAAGGGGAAAGAGAUGCCUCUGGUUGUGCUCAGCUCCUGAGAGGACUGAAUUUGCAGGAGGAUCAGCUGGGAGCAGCCCCGUACCUGCAAUGCAGUGCUGUGCAGCUGCAGCUUGGGCGGUGGAGCCACAGGCCCUCUUCUCCUCUUCUCCUGCACAAAGCUCCGCUGCUUUCCACGCCACGCAGCCCCUCCGCUUCCCCUUGAUGUCCCCCUGCCUCCCCAGCUGUGUGGCAUCGGGAUUUUAAUGGCUUUUUCCAAAACUGCUGGGCUGCCUGCAGGAAUAUCGUUAUCAAUGGGAGGCCGUGCUUCGUGCAGUGUGUUCUCUUUCAGACCCGACACGCAGCAUCGCGGCCCUGCUGCUCACUCAGAGAAUGACCUUCCGGAGCAAGAGGAGGAAAUCCUGGGAUCAGACGACGAUGAACAAGAGGAUCCAAAUGAUUACUGUAAAGGGGGUUACCACCUCGUGAAAAUAGGAGAUCUCUUUAACGGGCGCUACCAUGUGAUUCGGAAGCUCGGAUGGGGUCACUUCUCCACCGUGUGGCUGGCUUGGGACAUCCAGGGGAGGAGAUUUGUGGCAAUGAAGGUGGUGAAGAGUGCAGAGCACUACACAGAAACAGCACUGGAUGAAAUCAAGUUGCUAAAAUCGGUCCGCAAUAGUGAUCCAAAUGAUCCCAGUAAAGAGCGAGUUGUUCAGUUGUUAGAUGACUUCAAGAUCUCAGGCGUUAACGGCUCUCAUAUUUGUAUGGUGUUUGAAGUUCUAGGGCAUCAUCUCCUGAAGUGGAUCAUCAAGUCAAAUUAUCAGGGGCUCCCACUCCCUUGCGUCAAGAAGAUCAUCAAACAGGUUCUUCAGGGUCUGGAUUACUUGCACACAAAGUGUCGAAUCAUCCAUACAGAUAUUAAGCCUGAGAACAUUCUUCUGUGUGUUAACGACCAGUACAUCCGCAGGCUGGCUGCAGAAGCCACCGAGUGGCAGCGAUCUGGGGCUCCUCCACCAUCUGGCUCUGCAGUGAGCACUGCACCACAGCCAAAACCAGCUGACAAAAUGUCAAAGAAUAAGAAAAAGAAGUUGAAAAAGAAGCAGAAACGGCAGGCUGAGUUGCUAGAGAAGCGAAUGCAAGAGAUCGAGGAGAUGGAGAAGGAAGCAAGCCCUGGGCAGACACAGCCUGAAGAGGAGGAAGAAGCUCAGAGCCCUCUGGAAAUGCUCAUAAAAGUUAGUCCACCAGAAGAAAAUGUCAACAAAAAGACAGCUGAAGUUGUUGUACAAGAGCAAUCCAUCCUAAUGGAAAGCAGCGUGGAAAAAUGUGUAACAGAAAUAAACUGCAAUGGAGUGAUACAGAUGACAGACUUCCCCGACUCCAGCAAUCAAGGCUGUGUGCGACUUGAAGAUGACCUUCAUAAUGCAAAUGACUGCGGUGAUCACCCUCACACACAGAAGGAGAACUUCCAUAGUUGUAAUUACAGUCAACGCAACGGCGACUCGGAGAACAGGCCUCAAGAAGCAAUGUCGGACUCAUUUGUGCCCUUAGUUUCAGAAGAUUCCAUGGUGUGCCAGCCCACAUCCAACAAAGAGCGCUCAUUCAGCGAGCAGGAGAUUAACCACUUGCAAGAAAGCAUCCAAACAGAGAUACCUUCCGAGGAUGAGAAUGAGAAUAACGGCCCAUCAGACAACAAAGGAAAAUCAGCUGCUGGGAAUUUCCUUCUUAAUCCUCUUGAGCCCAAGAAUGCAGAUAAGCUCAAAGUGAAGAUAGCUGACCUAGGAAAUGCCUGCUGGGUGCACAAGCACUUCACUGAAGACAUCCAGACCAGACAAUACCGAUCCUUGGAGGUGUUGAUAGGAUCAGGGUACAACACCCCUGCUGACAUCUGGAGCACAGCGUGCAUGGCCUUUGAGUUAGCGACAGGGGACUAUCUGUUUGAGCCUCAUUCUGGAGAAGAUUACUCGCGGGAUGAAGAUCACAUUGCAUUGAUCAUAGAACUUCUGGGGAAGAUACCUCGCAAGCUCAUUUUGGCAGGAAAAUAUUCCAAGGAGUUUUUCACCAAAAAAGGUGAUCUGAAGCACAUCACCAAACUGAAGCCCUGGGGCCUUUUUGAAGUCUUGGUGGAGAAAUACGAGUGGUCCCAAGAGGAUGCAGCUGCAUUCACAGACUUCUUAUUACCUAUGUUGGAGCUGAUCCCGGAGAAGCGAGCUACGGCAGCAGAGUGUCUCAGGCACCCCUGGCUUAACUCCUAGAGGCUUUGACCCAACGCCACAGCACUACACUCUGGUUUACAGCAUAACGUACACGCUGCCCCUUUCCUAGAUCAGUUUUUUUUUCCCCCUUGUUCAUUUCCAGUGCGAAGUUCUUCCUUCAAGGCUUCCAAGAUUUUAGAUAAAUCUAACCUGUUUCGCUGAGUUUGCGUGUGUGACUCAAUGGGGACUCGUCUCAAGCGGUGGGCGUCAUCUGUCUUUUGCCUUGAUUGGGCUUUGCCAAAGACGGAUUAACGAGAAUAUGAAGUUUUCCCGAGUCUCCUCCCCGUGACGCUCUGCGCGUUACGGAUGUGAGCUCAGCCCUGCUCAGAUAUCCUCCCUUAGUUAAAUUUCAACUCUCCUUUCUUCCUGAGGGGGACGUGGAGAUCCAAACGUGUCCUUAUCUCACUGACUCAGGAGCUCAUUUCUUGCAGUUGACCCACAGGGGGGAGAGGUAGCGCGGCACCAAGGCCGUGGUAGUUCCUUGCAGAGCAAAGACCUCCAUCCUCCAACAUUUUUAGGUGUCUACUGUGCUCUUUGCUUCCCAGUCACACCCCUUUUCUUUAGUUCUAGCUGCUUCAAUCUUUUGAAAAGUGCUAUUUAAACCUAGCUCUUAGUAUCCUUUAUCUCUUCCUCCGAAGUGCCCUCCCCUCUUUUUCCUUCCCUGUGCCCAAAUAAUCCGAAUAAUUUCUGAACUUGGUGACAUUUUCUACCUUAACACCUGUGCCUGGGACUAAAAGGGGAGAAGCAGAACAGGCAAAAACUGGAACUUGCUCAACGCACAAUCUUCAGCGUUCCGAUGGGUGCGGAGGUAGCCUUGUUGCAGGCAACUCUUACAACGUUUUAAUGAGCUAUAACUUUAUUUUUUUGGAGGGGGUUAUCCCUUCCUGGCACUUUUUUGCCUUGCUUGAGGCGGUUGCUGCAUCCGUGAGAGAGUGAUUUUCACUGAUAACAGUCUACUCUGGCUCUUCAGUUUUGACCAUUGGCUUUUUCCCAAGGAAGGGGUGGGCAGCACCUGUAUCUCAGCCACGCUAUAGCCCUUGACUUUUCAAACUCGACACUUGAAGGACGAGUGUAAAGAUUUCUUUUUACUUGCUUCAAGUGCUGGCCUUCAGAAAUAAUUUCCCAGGAUGGGACUGCCUUUUAUUUUCUGGGCCAUUGGCACAAGGAGAGGUGACAAGUGGAAAAGAACUGACAUCUCGAUACUGGAGUAGAAGCUGUUUCUAGAGUUACCCCAUGUAAAAAUGUUCUUUGGGGUUUAAUAAACUUCUCAGAGGGGGUUGGAUGUCAUGAGUUGAAUGGGUUCAUUUUAAUUAAAUCACUGUGGUGUUAAGUUUUACAUUGGCUUCUUCUAGACUUGCCCAUCCUAUUGCAGAUUCAGUGCAUCCCACUCUACUCUAAAACAGGAUUUGGCAGCGUUCGGGACUUCAGAGGCACUUCCUUACCCUGGACCAAACAGAUCUAUUUAAGAAGGGGAGAAGGUUUCGGAUUCGCGAUGGCUCGCAGAGGACAGAAGCUGCUGGAAGCCCCGUAGAUGCUAUCCGAGCUGAUUAUGUUACCAAAGCUGCCAAGACCACUGUUACACAGCGCUGUGUGCGCGUUUGGCCAUCCUGUUCGUAAGGAUCCUUCAUUCAUAAACGCUGGUGUCAUUAAAUCCACUUGAAGCAGAGUUUCUCCAGUCCGGUGGCUGAUGAGGCUCAUUAACAGGAAUCACGCUGCAUGUUCUUUUAGGGUAGAUCAGGUCCUCUAUGCAUAUAAUCGAAAAUUAAAGGAAGGUAACAUACCAAAAGAGUUUUAAACUGCUGAUUUGACUUUUUUUUUUUUAUUAUUAUUUUUUAUUUUUUCCUUUCUUCUGGAGCUUUUCCAGUCAUGUAUCACUUCCCUGUCCGUCGCAGAAGGACGGCAGCCAGGACUGGGUUCCAGAAUCCCUUCUCUCUGCAGAUGCAGUGGCAGCGCGAUUUCUCUUGGCGUGAAAGCUCCCUCGGUCCUGGGGGCUUGAGGGUGGCUGACUAAAGAACUUUUCUUAGGUGGGGUCCACACACUUCGACUCUGAGUGCUUCUUCCCUUCCUUCACCACCCCUGACUGGAGGAAGAAGGGUUUUUUAUCGUUCUAGAGCCACCUCGUGAGUCGGAGCCCGCAGGAGCGCCUGCCUUGUACCCUCUGCUCCUUCACUUGGGGUUAUUACGUUUCCAAAUUGCCGUGAAGUGCUCCCACUAAAGGAUUUGUAUUUGCUGUGUCAGUCUAAAACCUGAAGGAAAAUACAUUUUUAUUCUUUCUACUUCGGUGCUUUGU